UUGGAUUUAUUUCUUGAAGAAUGGAAUGGUCUUAUACAAUUCAAAGAUUUCACUGUUACACCUACAGUACGUAUUCCAAUGUUUGGGGAAGUGUUUGAAAUAACAUUUAAUGGCUUGGUGAUGGCUAGUUUGAACGUAUACGUAUCAAUAGGAGGUUUGAAUGAUAGAAUUUGGUGUGGAAACGGGGCUAACCCACCUGGUGUAUUUGUAACUUUCCUUUUGGAUGUCAAUCCUUUUAGAAAUAUACCUAUAGUUGGUGACUGGGUUUUUAGAGCUGGUUUUCGUGUUCGUGUGUUUGUUACAACAGAAGAAAAAUUAUCAGCUGAAACACAGAUAGAUAUUGUCAACGACAUUUCACAAAUGAAAAAUAUGGUUGAAAAAUAUAGAAUUCUGAUCAACGCCUUUGUGAAUAAUAUUAUCGGUAUCAUUUCCAGCACUUCAGAAGAUGCGAUAAGUCAAAUAUUGACCUCGAUUUCAGAACUUGAAGCAAUACUUACCAAAAGGUUGGCUGGAAUAUCUGACUUGCAGUUUGUUCUAAGCGAUGUCAAACAAAUGUGGAAAAGGUAUAUAACAUUAAAAGAACACACAGCUGUUUUACAAGAUAAAUUGGAAUUUCACACAGGAGGAUUUGCUGCAAACUUGUCUCAUUUAAUUGAGUCUGAAACUAAGAGAAUUGGACGUAAUAUCGAUGUAACUAUAUCUAAAAUUACUACCAAGGUCUCGUCGUUGCUUAAGGAACAUACUGGGUUUGGUGUUCAGUUCACUGGUUUUGUAAGUUUAUUUUCACUCGAUUUUAGUACAAUGACAAUAGAAUUGGUAAUUGGUGCAAAAAGUCUAGGGCAGUGUAGCAAAUUUAGAAAAGUUUAUGAACUUUUACAAGGCGAGUCUGCUUUUCGAAUACUUGCAAGUACCAGUAUUCCAAUAAAACUUGGAUACUUUUUGUCGUAUAUUAAACAUCGGUCCUUAAGUAUUGCAAUAGGAGAUGGCAAGUUUGUUGCGCAUGCCCAGAUUGGUGUUUCAAUUCUCGGAAUAAAAGCUUCUGGUGAUCUUUUAAUCAGUAACAAUGGAUUGUUUGUUACGAUAGAGGGAAAUGUUUGGAAUGUAUUUCUUGCAAGGGUGGAAAUGUCAGUCGAAUUAGGACGGAAAUGGCACGAUUUAACAUUUUCAGUGAAGGGAAAACUGUUGGCAGCGUCUGAAGGACAAGGUACGUUAACUAGAAGAGAUUCUGAUUUUCAGGGUAGUUAUUUAGAUGGUUUAAGAAUGUUUGCACGGAAAAUUGCCGAUGAAGCCAACAAAAGACUAACCACAGCUCAAAAUGGCGUAACCAUGGCUCAGUCGGCACUGAUACAUGCUCAAGCAAAGAUUAGUAAUGCUCAAGAUGACGUCCGAAAGUUCCACUCAAAAUUUGAUGUUGCAAUAAAUAAACUUGACUACGCUAAAAAAAAAGUUGACGAAACCAAAGUUCCUUUUAAAAAUGCACUUCAAACGUUACGUAAUGCUCAGAGAAAUGUCGAUAACUUAUGUCGGAUAAGGGAUUGCCCUUGGGUGUGUAUGCCAGGAAUUCGAUGUGGAUGGUGUAAACGUCGUACCAGAUGUGUUCGAAUUUCUUAUCCUUGCUGUGGAUGGACCAGUUGUAUGUUCAAAGUACCAAAUACGUUUUGUGAAUAUGCAAAUUUGGUAUGUCGAGGUAUAAGGUAUAUUGCCUAUUUGGCAUUAGAGGCUGCUAGGAUUUUUGUAAGAAUUCCAAUGAUGAUACUUGAAGCUGCCAAGGUUGCCUUAACAAUAGCACAAAUUGCAGUUGAUAAAGCUAGAGUUGUUCUUUAUAUAGCGGAAGGCAUACUGGAAGUUGCACAAAUUGGACUAGAAGUUGCAAAAGGGGGAUUAGAAAUAGCAAAAGGGGCGAUUGAGGUUAUACGAUAUACUGUUAAGGCAGCGUUAUAUGUAUUCGAACUAAUUGUUCAGGGAAUUCAACAAUUGAUUGAUGUAAACAAUUGUGGAUUUGAAAUAGAAUUGUCAACGCAGGAUAAAGCCCUGUUUCAAGUAGGUUGUGACGUUAAGGCUUUUGGAUUAGGGUGGACAACUUUUCAGUUUUGGUUCGACUUCAGACAUCCUGUGACAAGCACACUGCGAAUAGCAAAAGCUACAGUGAAUACAUUAUUAGAUUCAGUUAAAAACGUUUUCGGAAAGAGAAAAAAGAGAGACAUUUCGUUUAAGGCAAUGUCAAAGAUGCAUCAUGUUUUGAAAUUAUAUAAGAGAGAUACUUUUGACUUUUCUAAUAAUCAGAGUAUGUACCUAAAUGCAACAAUUUUCCAAGAUGAAAAUAAUGUAACUGAUAGCAAACACACAGCUGAAUACAAUGAUCGAGUAAAAUACUUCGAAAGUAAAUGCAAAUCAUUUAAAACUGUACAUGAAUUUUUAACUCUAACUGUAAACAAUUUGCUGAACAUAUCAGCUGAAACAAGUGCGACUAUGAAUGAGAGUACUUCUUAUAGAAAUAUUAUUGAAAACAUCACAUCUUAUUCAUCUAUUGAUAAUAUGACACUAGAAACUUCAGGUAUCAGCGAGGAAUAUGCCCAAAGCGACUACAACUUAACAGCCGAGGAACUGAAUAUAGUGCUUGAAGAAGUGAAAACAAACAUGCUAGAUGAUCCAGUUAUUUCAGAAAUUGCAAACGUGACAGAAGUUGCAUACGACAUGAUCAACUCUGGAAUGGACGAAGCCAAUUCCCUCCCAAUCAUAAAAAGUUGGCUAUUUGAAAUGGAAAAUUUUACAGUGGAUUAUUUUGAUACAAACGACUGUUUCGGUUUUCAGGACUGUCUUCAGCAUACUUUUUCUGUUCUUUACGACCAAUUUGCGGACAUAUCGAUAGAAAAGACUGAACUGAGCAGAAAUAUAACGGUUGAAGUUGAAGACGUCUUUGUGAAACUAAUUUUGAAUGAUUCACUCUCUACAGUGGAUAUAUACCAGAUAACUAGCGACCUCAAUGUUAACUUAAUUGAGUUAUCGGAAGCAAAUAUGUUUUGUUCUUCGCCUCCAACGUUUGAUUCGGUAUUACAAAAUCAAACCUUCUUGUCUGGAGAUAAACUCAGUCUUGAUUGCAAUGUCACAGGAGAUCCAUAUCCGCGUAUAUGGUGGUAUUACAACGGUAGCCUUCUUCAAAAUGAAACUACUAAUGAACUUAAAUAUUUUGAACCAACGUCUAAGCAUAGCGGUUUUUACAGUUGCAUUGCUGGAAAUAUUGUCACAAAUAUCACAUCAAAGACUGUAUACAUUCAUGUAACAGAAUGUACACCGGGAAGUGUUUAUCUGUUUGGAUACUGUAUUGCAUGUCCGAAAGGAACAUACACAAAUAAAUGGAACCAGAAUCACUGUUCGAACUGUCCGACAGGAUACAAAACAGACGGUGAAGGAUCAGUUCAGGAUACGGACUUUUAUGAAUCUACUUCUUUGGUGAAGAUACUGGUUGGAACAUUUGUUGGACUGGCUAUUGUUGUAACUGCUGUAAUGAUAUUAGUGAAAGUGACGAGAGCAAGGCUUAUGAAAAAAACAACAGAUACGGCCUGUCUUACCAAGUAUGCAGAGAACUCAACAGAAACCAGUUGUUGAAUUCCAGUGAAAUGAAUUUCAGUGAUUUUAUUUCAGGCCAACAGCUAAAGAAUACUGUACAUCUCAAUAAUUUAAUAUAUUAAUGUUUCUGUACAGUAACAUUCGGAAUUGUUUAUAUUUGAGGACACAUAUUACACGAAUAUGUUUGACUUGAUAAAUUGUUUUGUCCUUUAAAUUGUAAAUAGUGAAAUUCGUCAAUACUUUCAAAAUGUUUAAUGUGACUGAUGAAUGAACAAUAGGAACUAGUCUGGACAAUAGUACACACAUGUAAGGUGUGUUGUCAUUAUAAUUUCAUCAAAUCAUUAGGAUUUAAUGAAAUAAUGAUGACAAAAUUACCAACAUGUGUGUACUAUUGUUUACGCAAAUGUGUAAUAUUGGACCAAAAUGUUUCAUUUGUAUAUUGUUUUCCCGCAAUCAAAAUGAGCCACAGCUUAGCCCAAAACGAUAUUUUACCUACAUCAUUCUCUAUGUAUAAGAGAUAUUGUAGCACAAUUCAAUUUAAGUAAAGCUGUCGCUUAACAUCUUCAUAUUAAUGACAAGUUCGCAAAAUGAUGCUUUUGGCAGAUUUUGUAGUAUUGCAUUAUUGGAAGUUGUUGGAAGCCCAAAGGUAAAUACGUAGGAAAAAUAGAUAAAUGUCUUUUUUGUUUAUGCCUUCUCAUAUAUUAUCUGUUUGUGUAUGUAUAUCUACUAAGAAUUUAUUUUAAUCAAAUUGAAAGUAGACGGGAUGAAAAGGGCUAUUCUUAUUUAAGUGAUAUAAUUCUAAUCAGAUCAAAUUAUUCAUGUAUUGGUCAUUCAUACAAUCACACCUUUUGGAUCGAUCUAUUUUUCAUUGAUUCUCCUUUAGAUGCAAUUCCUCUGAGACAGAAAGCUCGCUUACUUAGUACGAUCGUUUAUCAUGUGAAGAUGACCAUUCCGUGACAUCAUUUUGAUUUGAUAUUUUUUUCUAGGGUUAUGGAAAUUGUGACGAUUUGUUUUGACUAUUGUUUAUAUUGUAACACACGGAAGCAACUGCUUUGAGGUUGAAUGUAUCGUUGACAUAACUAUACGAUUUGACAUGGUUUUUUUGGGGAGUUACUAAAUCCUGUGCAUAUUACUAUUAUAUUGUAGCACAAUCAUUUAUUAUGAAUAUUAGACCUUUAAACUGUUUGGCAAAACAAUUCCGCAAUUGAUGGAAUUAUUUUUAUAUCAUUUGUAGUUAACCAUACUGUUUGUUUCAUCAUCUUGAUUUGAGAAUGUUUCUGUCAUUUAGAUUUGACAACUCUUGCGAGAGUUAGAGGAUAGUUAUCGUUUCACGAUAAUAAUGCCAAUGCAAAUAAUAUGCAAUGUUUUUCCAGAAAGCUUUUCAUACCUUGUAAGAUUGUUUGUCGUUAUGUGUACUCUUUCAUCAUUUUUUGAUUUAGAAAUUAUUGUUUCUGUUAUGGGACUUUGUCUAUUUUUUAAGCUAUUGUUUCACAUUUUUGACCGACACUCCUCUUAUAUGGUUUGCAAGACAUCUGUCAUGGUACCCUUGUUAACAAUAUAUUAUUGUCAUUUUGAGUUGACUGUUUUUACGGCGGUUGUUGGCUAUCUUCAUCAAUACGCAGCAAAUAGACUAGUAACAAAUAUAGUCACAACGUUUGACCAUAUCCUUUUUUUUGAGAGAAGCUUUUGGAUGACAUUUAUUUCCGCGUAGCAAUUUUGUGUUGUUUAUUCCAAUGAAAAAACUAUGCACAAUUUUAGCAAAUCUGUUUUUUGUAGUUUUUUAUUAACAAAUAUGAACACACUUUACAUUCUUUUUUUAAUUUCAUGUACAAUCGCAUUCUUGAUCAAGAGUACUAGUAUUUUGCUGACAAAUUGGGUAUAAAACAUGUAUGUCGCUUAGAGCGUUUUCUUUAUCUUUCUGUCUUUGUUUAACACAUUGCGAAUUGGGUAGACGAUUGACAAAUACUUUUUUGCAGAAGUUUUUCAUUUAGUUAAAUCUUUAAAAUUCGGUUUAAAAUUGUUACUUCUUACCAAACAAAUAUACAAUGUUGUUGUUCAUAUAUUUAGACAAGCGUUGUUUAUAACCUUCGUAUACGAUAUCGACCCAGCCUAUAUGAUUCAGACUCUUAAAAAAUAUACCUAUUAUCAUCUUAAGAGAACAAAUUUCAGGAGCAACAACAUAUGUAGUACAUUUUAAAAGUAAAGAAAGUAUUUAGAAAAUAAUUAAAAGCCCAACUUAUUUAUCCUCUAGUGAAAUGUCGUUUAUAUCGUGUCAAUUUAAAUGAAAAAAAUAUGCCAGGACUUAGAUAUCAGUGCGCGAAACUAUGUAGAUUUUUCUUUGUGUGGAUUUUGCGUGUUUUAUAGACUUUGGGGGAUUUGAUUUACAUCUUUUUAAAUAUAUAAAUAAUUUAACAUU